AGUGGAAAGCGAACUGCGGUGAGGUGAGGACGCGUGUGCGGUAGUCUCGGGCGCGCCGAAGUUUCGGUUUUCGAAUUUUCAAAUAUAAUAUUUGUGACUUGAAUGGACUUUCUUCACGGCCAUUUGCUUUAUGGCCUGAAUUUCGGCUCGUUUAUCAGAUACCAGCCGUAUAUGUGAGCAAUGAAACAAAUAACAAAAUACCUGAUCAUCAUCGCUUCAUUGAUGACAGUAAAGCUAACAGUCAUAGAAAGCAAGAACGACACAAAAGUGAAACUCGACAGAAUCUACUAUCAUUCGCCGAUAUUCAUCAACAUAUGUGACAUCAGUGACCGUCGAGCGAAAGUGCAUUGUUAUUGCGACAGUAAUAAACAAAAGUCGGCUAAAACAGCUGACUGCUGGGUUUUCAGCGGCGGUAUAACAGAAGAUGACCCAAUUUGGCCCAGUUUCUCAUCACAGCCUGAAAUAGAGCAUCUCAUGUUUAAUGUUCGCUCGGACGACGCCUUAACUUUUGUCCCGGCCAAAGCUGUAGUUAGACUGGACAGACUCAAACAUGUCUCCAUACAAUUUGGUACUAUAAAGAGAAUACCACCAUAUGCGUUUACAAAUUCGUCUACAUUAAGACAGAUUAUACUAAAAUCAAAUAAAAUCAACACGCUGGCACGGCAUUCUUUCGCACAGAUGAUGAUGCUGUCCAAUUUAAGCCUGGAUGACAAUCAAAUAUCCGAGCUGAGAAACGAUAUAUUCUUCAAUUUACCAAACUUACAUGUUUUGCACCUAUCGAAUAACAAUAUUAGCUUAAUACACGAAGGUUGCUUCAAGCAUUUGAACAACCUAAUGGAAUUACGGUUAGAUAAUAAUUACAUAUCAGUAAUAACGAGAGAGAUGUUCCAAGGGUUGGAGAACCUUUCCCGAUUGAAUUUGAGAAACAACAAAUUAACUAUGAUUGGCAAUUUGGCCUUCAGCGAGUCUUGGAGCCUGAAGGAAUUGCUGAUUGAUAACAACGCCAUAGAAUACAUAUCAGACAGAGCCUUUGGUGGUUUGACGCAAUUGAGGAAACUGACACUGGCUGGAAACAAGCUGACGACGUUUUAUGAAGACAUACUGGAGGGAAUACGCGGACUAAUACUUCUCGAUCUGAGAGACAAUCUUUUGCAAACGAUUUCGUACGAAUCGAUCCACCCGGUCGUGGAGAAUGAUAAGUCUGUCUCAGUGGCAGUUUACUUGGAUGGUAAUCCACUCAACUGUAAUUGCCGGCUGUCCUGGGUGUACGUCCUUCGGAACGAGACCAAACAUGGUAACUUGAGGAGCGCCCUCGAAAAAAUAUCAUGUAUCACCGACACGCCUAAUGACAGACACUCAAGUCAAGAGGACUCGGCAAACGACAAUCAGAACGUACUUUCCGACGAUAACUACGACUACUAUGACAAAAGCGAAGACUAUAACAAUAGUAAAAUUAAAAUAAGUAAAGCCAAGAAAUUAAUCGAUAUACCGCUUGAAAGUUUACCGUGCCCACAGGAAAUUAUGCAGUCUAUAGAGGAAACUUACGGGCAUCCUGUCCAAAAUGAAAUUAGACUUAAAGCAUUUUCUUCGGUUGGUAGAAUUGCUCCCAGUAUAAUCGUUAUUUUAAUGUUGGCAAUUUAAGUUGUUAAAAAUACAAAGAUAUUUGUGAUAUUAGAAAUUAAAGUUAAAAUGUAAUUGUAUUCUAUAAAAUAGCUGUACCUAUCUGUCAUCGAAAUUGAUCGAAUGUUAAGUUCUUGUAAGAUCGUAUUAGAUUUUGUAAGUAUUUGGCUGAUAGUUAUAAAAUGUUAUGAUAACUAACUCUGCGGUAAGUAAUGAUUGUAUAUGUUAAUUAAAUAGGUACCUAAUUGUUGAUAAAAUUAAAAUCCUAAUUUAUGAAUUAGUAACUUCUAAUAUCUGCCCUAUUUGAAGAGAGAUUACACGCACGCAUGGCAUUGAUAUCAAUUGUAAAUAUCAAAAACAAAUAAUUUAUUCAGAAAUUAGACCUUCACAGGCACUUGUUUCACGUCAUAUUCUAAUUUAAUAUUUACCAAAGCUUAAAACUACUACUAUUGUCGUUAAUUGACUUUCGCCCAUAGACAAAAUUUAAUUAUUUUUUAGCACGCAGUAUUAAAAUAUUAACUAUUUUGAUUCGAUAGCCUUUUCCUGCUGUGGCAGGUGAAAUAACUCGUUAAGUUUUCUAUCAUUUCAAUUCGUAACAAUAUCUAUACGAAAAAAAAAAAA